AUGGUUAUUGCCAUUGGUUUUGAGGGCAGUGCUAACAAGCUUGGCAUCGGAAUCGUGAAGGAUGGAGUUGUUCUGUCCAACCCAAGACAUACCUACAUAACACCUCCUGGACAAGGAUUUCUUCCGAAGGACACAGCCAGACAUCACAGAGAAUAUGCACUGACAGUUUUGAAAGAAGCCCUUGAGGAGGCAAAUGUGAAACCAGAGGAAAUUGAUGUUGUUUGUUACACAAAAGGCCCAGGCAUGGGUGCCCCUUUAGUCGCCACUGCUCUAGUGGCCCGAACAGUUGCCCAGCUGUGGAAGAAGCCAAUAGUUGCUGUCAACCACUGCAUCGGGCACAUUGAGAUGGGGCGGUUGAUUACUGGCGCUCAGAAUCCCACAGUUCUCUAUGUCA